CCCCUCCCCCCCCCAGCAACAUGUAGGGUAGGGUGGGUAGUGUAGGCCAAGAUCUAGAUCCAGCCGCGAUGAAACACGCACUCAAUACUCCUCGGAAUCGGCGGGAGUACCUGGGGGGCGCUCGGUGGAAAGCGGUGCGAAGUGAGGGCGAUAUUGGGGUUUGGUCGAUUGAGUGGAAUAAUUCCUCAGGCUGGCUGGAGGAUGGAUAUAACUUAUAGCCAUUGGCUAUCGUGCAGAGGCUUUGUAUAAAUUCCAUAUCCACCCCUCGAACAUCCACAGCUUUCGAUCAGCCACCAAGCAAAGCACUCAUUCACUUCUCCCCGCUCACUCACUCACUCGAAUAUCCAUCGCACAACCAUGACGCAGCUCACCACCCUCCUCCUGCUUUCGCUCGCCAUCUUCAGCGCCUCAGUUUCCGGCGCGGCCACUACGGUCUUCCCAGCGGCAGCGGGCAGCACCGUGCUCUCAGCGCCCAUCGUGGUCUCCGGCACUUACGACGGCGGGAUGAAGCGUUUCGAGCGCAACAACGGCUGCAACGCGGGCGAGGGCGGCACGGCCGACGCUGUCUUCCACGUGCAGUCCGGCGGCACGCUACAGAAUGUGAUCAUUGGCGCGGCGCAGACCGAGGGCGUGCACUGUCUCGGGCCCUGCACGAUCAAGAACGUCUGGUGGGAGGACGUAUGCGAGGACGCGUUAACGAUCAAGCAGUCGUCUGGGACGUCGUACAUCAUUGGCGGCGGCGCACGGAACGCAGCCGACAAGGUGAUCCAGCACAACGGCGGCGGCACGGUCAGCGUUACCGACUUCUUCGUGAGCAACUUCGGGAAGCUCUACAGGUCCUGCGGAAACUGCAGCUCGCAGGUCAAGAGGACUUUCAUCGCUACUGGCGUCGUCGCACAAACCGGAAGUGUCCUCGCGGGUAUUAAUACUAACUACGGAGACACCGCAACGAUCUCGAACACCUGCACCGCCGGCGUCACCGACAUCUGCCAGCGCUUCACGGGCAACAGCAACGGCGAUGAGCCGGUCAAGACCGGCGCAGGUAACGACGGCACGUACUGCAAGUACGACAGCACCGUGACCAGGAGGAGCACCUGCGUGUAAGCGGGUACCAUGGUCCGUGGCCCGUGACGUCACGUGAUCUCACUCGAGAAGUGGUAGUGGUGGUGGUGGUUUUUCUUUCUUAUUCUAUGUACGUUCCUUUGUUAUUUAGUCUGUUUAUCACAAAAAAAGACUUGCGCAAGUCAUCAUUCUUUCCGAG